GCUGCGCCGCGUCUGCAGCCGCCGCCGCCUCUCUUCCUUCCCGGGCCGCCGCCUGCGCCGCCCGCCCUCCGUCCUCCCCACCUUUCCCCCCCUUCCUCCCCUCACCGGCUCGGGCCGCGCUGCCGCCACCUGGGGGACCCGACCGAGGGGCCGGCAGUCCUUGCUGGAAGGAACCAUGAAUUGGCACUUUGCCUUUGUCCUCUUGACCACAGUGACUUUGCCUUCUGUGUGCUCCCAGUUCAACCCUCUGUCCCUGGAGGAACUUGGCUCUGACACAGGCAUCCAGGUUUUCAAUCAGAUCAUCAAAUCACGACCUCAUGACAACGUCGUUGUCUCCCCCCACGGAAUUGCAUCCAUCCUGGGAAUGCUGCAGCUGGGAGCAGAUGGCAGAACAAAGAAGCAGCUCACGACAGCCAUGAGAUACAGCGUGAACGGAGUAGGUAAAGUCUUAAAGAAAAUCAACAAGGCCAUCGUCUCCAAGAAGAAUAAAGACAUAGUGACUGUGGCCAACGCUGUGUUUGUCAAGAAUGGCUUCAAAAUGGAAGCACCAUUUGUGACGAGGAACAAAGAUGUGUUUCAGUGUGAAGUCCGGAAUGUGAACUUUGGGGACCCAGUCUCCGCCUGUGACUCCAUCAACCUGUGGGUUAAAAAUGAAACCAGAGGCAUGAUCGACAACCUGCUGUCCCCAGAUCUUCUCGAUGGCAUGCUCACCAGACUGGUCCUUGUCAAUGCUGUGUAUUUUAAGGGUCUGUGGAAAUCCAGGUUUCAACCUGAGAAUACGAAGAAGCGGACGUUUGUGGCUGCUGAUGGGAAGUCCUAUCAAGUGCCGAUGCUGGCCCAGCUCUCUGUGUUCCGGAGUGGAUCCACACGCACCCCCAAUGACUUAUGGUACACCUUCAUUGAACUGCCCUACCACGGGGAGAGCAUCAGCAUGCUGAUCGCGCUGCCCACCGACAGCUCCACCCCGCUGUCCGCCAUCAUCCCUCACAUCAGCACCAAGACCAUCGACAGCUGGAUGAGCACCAUGGUUCCCAAGAGGGUGCAGGUGAUCCUGCCCAAGUUCACAGCUGAGGCACAAACAGAUCUGAAGGAGCCACUGAGAGUUCUUGGCAUUACUGAGAUGUUUGAGUCAUCAAAGGCAAAUUUUUCAAAAAUAACAAGGUCAGAAAACCUUCAUGUUUCUCACAUCUUACAAAAAGCAAAAAUUGAAGUCAGUGAAGAUGGGACAAAAGCUUCAGCAGCAACAACUGCCAUUCUAAUUGCAAGGUCUUCGCCUCCCUGGUUUAUUGUAGACCGACCGUUUCUAUUUUUCAUCCGACAUAAUCCUACAGGUGCUAUCUUAUUCAUGGGGCAGAUAAACAAACCCUGAAGAACUAUGAAGAAACCAUGCAAAGCAGAUUUUGCGAUGAAGAAAAAGAUUCCUCUUCCUACAUCUUUCAUAGUUUUGUUAAAUAUUUUUGUACAUUGCUUUCUUUUUUUUUUUCUCCAAAACUAGUCCUUAGCAACAGACUGGAUAAUACAAGUAUUUCUGUUCUAGAAGGUUCUGGAGAGAAGAUAGGGCAGGAUGCCUGGAACUCUGUACUGAAGAAUGAAUAGAAGGGCUUCAAAGAUGUGUAAAAGAGUCUUUAAAACUACUGAACAGUCGCGUAGGUAAACAACCCUCGAGAAUCUGCUGUCUGUCCAGUUCAAGACUUUCUGUUUUGUUUUGUUGUUUGUUUUAUAUGUGUGGCUUUUCAGGAGAAAUUUAAUCACUAGAACAAAAAGAAACCAUUUUGAUGGUGUUAUUUUUUAUGGUUUUAUGGAACAAAUAUUUGCCUUUUUCAUUCUUUCCCCCUCCCACCUCCAUCCCAAGUCUUGAUAGCAAGCAUUAGGAAUUUGAAGGUGGAAAUAAUAGCAAAACCUCUAGUCUCCGUGUGUUUUUGUUGUUGUAGUCGUUCUUGUUUUAUCUAAUGCAUGUAUUCACGCCAAGAAAAAUCUGAAAACUAAUGUCUUGCUAGACAAGGUUUGAUCUUGUGCCGUGUGGCUGUCACAACUGGUCUGUACUCCUCGGAUUGGCAUUUUUGUAUUUUGUACAAAGUAAAAAUAAAGUGUUAUAAGUAGCAAAAUAAAUAAAACUUCGAAAAAAAAA